UUUGCAUUUCUUUGUAUUUAUUUUCGUGAUAAGUCAUCAACAACUUUAGUUUAUAAUUAAAUUUGCAAUAAGUUAAAAAUGAAGCUAUUAAGCUUCUUAGUGUCAAUUCUAGGAUUGUUGGCAGUCUGUAAAGCCACAACUUACGAAUACAAUAUCAAAACCUUCAAUGUCCUGUUAGAUCAUUUCACAUUUGCUGAUAAUGCAACAUUUCCGAUUCGUUAUCUCAUGAACGACUCAUAUGUGACAGACAAAAGAUCACCAAUUAUGUUCUACACUGGAAAUGAGGGUGAUAUUGAGCUAUUUGCACAAAAUACAGGCUUCGUUUGGAAAGCCGGCAUUCAAUUGAAAGCAAUGAUUGUGUUUGCUGAGCAUCGGUAUUAUGGCAAGUCACUGCCAUUUGGAAAUGAGUCAUAUAAAGAUCCACAGCAUCUCGGAUACUUGACUAGUGAACAAGCACUUGCAGACUUUGCAGAUUUACUAGAACACCUUAAUCCAGACAGACUUAGACCUGUGAUUUGCUUUGGUGGGAGUUACGGUGGAAUGUUAUCAGCGUGGAUGAGGAUGAAGUAUCCACAUUUAGUAGUCGGAGCAUUAGCAUCAUCAGCUCCAGUUAGACAAUUUACAGAUGUUGUUCCUUGUGACAUUUUCAAUCGAAUCCUUACAAGUGUCUUUCGUGUUGCCAUCGAAAACUCGCCGUGUGUUGACAAUAUUAAGAAGCUAUGGCCUGUCCUGAAGAACUUCUCAUCCACUGAAGAAGGCAGAAAGUAUCUAAGCAAUGAAUUUAAAUUUUGUAAACCUUACAACAAGACUGAGGAUUAUGACACAUUUUAUGCCUACUUAAUGGAUGUUUUUGGAAACUUGGCAAUGGCAAAUUAUCCGUACGAAGCUAACUUCCUUGCACCACUUCCUGCAUUUCCUGUAAGACAAUUCUGUGGACAACUUGAUAAGAACUUUGAUAAAAAUGAGGAACUGCUGACUGCCUUCAAUAAUGCACUUCAAGUUUACUCAAAUUAUACUCAAAAGACAAAGUGCCUUGACAUCUCGUCAGCAUAUGAUGAGUCAAUGGGAUCACUCGGAUGGGAUUUCCAGGCAUGCACUGAAAUGGUGAUGCCUAUGUGCACUACUGGAUCUACUGACAUGUUUGUCCCUAAGAAAUGGGAUUUUGCAGAAUACUCAACAGAUUGCUUCAAGAAAUUCAAGGUUUAUCCUCGUGAACGUGCUGCAAUAUGUCAAUAUGGUGCUUUUAAGUUCGACAUGCUGUCUAAUGUCAUCUUUUCGAAUGGAUUAUUGGAUCCCUGGUCAGGUGGUGGUGUGUUGAGGACUCAGAGUGAUGCUGUUACUGUUGUGAUCUUGCCGGAAGGUGCUCAUCAUCUUGAUUUACGUGAGGAUAAUAAGGCUGAUCCAGCAAGUAUCAAAGCAACAAGAACUUAUUAUUUGAAGACGUUCCGCGAGUGGGUUGAUACUUAUAAUAAUUGAAUAGUUUAAAUCAGUGCUUCUCAAACUAUAGUCCAUGAUCAAUAGUGUGUUUUGAAAUCAGAGCGAAUUUGAAGAUAUAAGCUUUGAAAAGUUUGGAAACCACUGCGAUGAAUGAUGACUUAGUAAUAUAAUUAUCGAACUGAAUAUUUCCUUUAAGAGGAACUCUUUGAAUAUCAGGUCUGAAAGUUCUUAGUUUUUUAAAAUUCUAAAUCCAAAACAUCAGUGUCAAAUAUACUCCUUGUGCAAGCAGUUUUGACUUUACUUUAGACAGAUUUUCCUCAUGUAAUGUCAUGGCACAGACAACAACACCUUUUAUUACUUUACUCGUUAUUUUUUAAAAUCGGUUAAUAAAAUGUGACAAAAAUAUGAACAAAAUUAAACACAUUGUGAUUUCCUGAUUUACUUAAUAUCCUAAAAAAAUGAACAAUUUUAAAAAUCAAAUUAAUUUCCAAUAAAUAAACAUGUUUUAAAUUUACAA